GUUGAGGAGUGCAUCAGGUAGUGGAUCGCCUGAAGCCAAAAAUGUUCCUCAGUAUCUGGCUGUCCCAGCCUCUCAGACCCUGAAACAGGUUUUCAAGCCAGAACAGGGUGCCAGAAGCCUCCCUAACUUGGCUAACGAAAUGUUACUUGUGACUGCUGCCCCUACUCCCGCAAUUGGCGCAACAGCCGGGACAAAGUUGGUUGAAAUCCUGUGUCAUGUUGACAGAAUGUAUGUGAGAAUCAGGAGAGAGGUCUUUAAGACUCGUGAUGCAUACAAAUACUUGAAACUAGGCACCUGUCCUGUUAACAAAGGUACCAAAGAACAUUACUACCUUCUGUACCUUCUGAGAACUGACUGUGGAUUUGAGAAAAAGAGUCAUCCAGAUUAUCUGUCCUUUAGCAAUGUGCUCCACUACAGGCCAACUGGUCCAGUUUUAAGGGAAAUGCCAUUUGAUAUUCCCCUGAACUGUAACUAUCCCAGGUUUUUCCACUCCUAUAAAGUUGGCUUCUAUCCUGAUCGCAUGGGUGCAGUUUUCAAACGACUCCAACCUAAAACUAGUUUCACCCUUACUCCUCAAGAUGCAUCAGGUAAUGAAAUCACUGGAACCAAAACCUUCACCUUGGGCGAGCCGAUGUACUUUGAGGCCACGCAACCUGACCGCACUGCACAGUUGGGAGGCCAGAGGAUAUACAUCGACAAGUGCUUUGUGACAGCCUCCCGAGACCCCAAUUCAAAUCCUCGAUAUACAGUCGUUGACAACCAAGGGUGCAUGAUUGAUGGCAAAGAGAACGAACAGUCAAGGUUCCUUGCUGGCGCCUCAGAGAUGGUCCAGAAAUUCAGUCUGGGUGCCUUGAUUUUCAAGAAUGGCGUUUCCGCUUCCUCCUCACAGGUACUGUCA